AUUCCUGACAAAGCUUCCAGGAAAUGAACAGGCAGCAUCAGAGUAUAUAAGAGACAAACACAGGUGUAUAGCACUCACUUCAGCUCAGCUCUGCUUCACACUCAAGAUGAUGAAAGUUUUGCUGCUUACUCUUGUUGUUCUCCUGGUGUUGGAGAAUGGCUCUGCCCUGAAAUGUCACAACUGUGUUCCCCGCACACCUGGAGGACGUUGUGUGACCACCCAGGAGACGUGUGGCUAUAAAAAAGACACCUGUGUAUCUGCCAGAUUCACAAUCUCUCCCUUUUCUUACUUCCGGAGGUGCAUUAGCAAGGCAGACUGCAUGAUUCUUCAGACAAGCCCCUAUAUUAAGACCAAGUGCUGUGAUACGGACCUGUGCAACACCCCAGUCAUUUAAACCCACACAACGCAAUGCAUAUCAAGCCAUAGAGGGAAAAAUUACCCAAAAUGGUAACAUUUAAGUAGCACAUGUCACACAUAUGUAUAUUAGUAUAAUUAUUUACUAAUGCAAUACCAAUUAUUGGUUAAUGUUGAGUAAUGGGAUGUUGUACAACAUGUAAAUUAGUAAUAGGGUGAUUCUGUAACUGUGGGCACUUUUUCAUAUAUGCACUUCAUACUAAAACAAAAAAAGCUAGCAUGAACAAAAUGCCGCAUUAAAGACAUGAAUUUGCUACA